UCGGGCUGUGACUUCAUCCUCAGCCCCGGAGCGCCUCAUCCGACCGAGCACCGCCCCACGCUCUCCCCGCUGGAAGAUGAAUGUUUACCUAACGGACUGUAUUCGCGGCUGCCCCGUACGUUUGUCGGGAGUUGAGCAGAUUCUACAAUGAUUUGUAAUAAGACGAAAAAGCUUGAGGAGGAACGACGAGUGAAAGCCAACGAUCGUGAUUACAAUGAAAAGUUUAAUUAUGCAAACAAUGGCAUCAAGACAUCCAAGUACAAUAUCCUCACGUUUUUGCCUAUCAAUUUAUUUGAACAGUUCCAGCGGGUUGCCAAUGCAUAUUUUCUAUUUCUCCUUAUACUACAGCUGAUCCCUGAAAUCUCUUCCUUGUCAUGGUUUACCACCAUUGUGCCUUUAGUUCUUGUAUUGACCAUCACUGCCGUGAAAGAUGCCACUGACGACUAUUUUCGUCACAAGACUGAUAAUCAAGUGAAUAAUCGUCAGUCGCAAGUUCUUCUCGGUGACAGACUGCAAAAUGAGAAGUGGAUGAAUGUAAAAGCGGGCGAUAUCAUCAGACUGGAGAACAAUCAGUUUGUGGUUGCCGACAUGCUCCUUCUGUCAAGUAGUGAGCCACAUGGACUCUGUUAUGUGGAAACAGCCGAACUUGAUGGAGAGACUAAUCUGAAAGUUCGGCAAGCCCUGCCAGUUACUGCUGAUCUUGGAGAGGAUAUUUCCAGGCUAGCAGAAUUUGAUGGGGAGAUUUUAUGUGAGCCCCCAAACAACAAGCUUGACAAGUUUAAUGGAACUCUAAUCUGGAAAGACUGCAAGUAUUCUCUAAAUAAUAGCAAGAUGCUUCUAAGAGGAUGUGUUCUAAGAAAUACUGAAUGGUGCUUUGGGAUGGUUGUCUUUGCAGGCCCAGAUACUAAAUUAAUGCAAAACAGCGGGAAAACAAAGUUUAAAAGAACUAGCAUUGAUCGGCUAAUGAAUACUCUAGUUCUAUGGAUAUUUGGCUUCCUGGUAUGCAUGGGAAUCAUUCUAUCUGUUGGAAACUCCAUUUGGGAGCAUCAUGUAGGCACUCGUUUUAGAGUCUACCUUCACUGGGAUGAGCUAGUAGACAGUGCCGUGUUCUCAGGAUUCCUCACAUUCUGGUCUUACAUCAUCAUUCUAAAUACUGUAGUACCAAUUUCUCUCUAUGUAAGUGUUGAAGUUAUUCGACUGGGACAUAGUUACUUUAUCAACUGGGACCGUAAGAUGUUCUACUCUAAAAGAGGCACCCCUGCUGAGGCUCGGACUACAACCCUUAAUGAAGAAUUGGGGCAAAUAGAAUACAUAUUCUCUGACAAAACUGGGACACUUACGCAGAACAUCAUGAUAUUCAAUAAAUGUUCGAUUAAUGGAAGACUAUAUGGUGAAGUGCGUGAUGAGCUGGGUCGCAAAGUGGAAAUUACUGAGAAAACUGUUCCAGUGGACUUUUCAUUUAAUACCCUUGCUGAUAGGAGGUUUCAGUUUUAUGAUCACAGCUUAAUCGAGGCCAUAAAGCUAGAAGAGCAUCAUGUGCAGGAGUUUUUCCGAUUACUCUCCUUAUGUCACACAGUUAUGUCUGAAGAGAAGAAUGCAGGGGAACUGAUUUACCAAGUUCAAUCACCAGAUGAAGGCGCAUUGGUCACUGCUGCAAGGAAUUUUGGUUUCAUAUUCAAAUCCCGAACACCCGAGACUAUCACUGUGCAAGAAAUGGGAAGAAUCGUAACCUACCAGCUGUUAGCCAUUUUAGACUUCAACUAUGUCCGAAAAAGGAUGUCUGUCAUAGUGCGAAAUCCAGAAGGACAAAUUAAACUUUACUGCAAAGGUGCAGACACUAUCCUAUAUGAGAGGCUUCAUGUCAGUAGUGAAGAAUUAAUGUACAUCACUUCAGAACAUCUCAAUGAGUUUGCUGGUGAGGGCCUGCGGACAUUAGCCCUGGCAUACAAAGAUCUCACUGAAGAUUACUUCAGAUGGUGGCUAAAGAUCCAUCAUGAGGCCAGCACUGCUCUGGACAACAGAGAGGAGCGGCUAGCAGCUGUAUAUGAACAAAUAGAAAGUGAUAUGACGCUACUAGGUGCUACUGCAAUAGAGGACAAGCUACAAGAAGGAGUGACUGUUACCAUUGCUAGUCUCCUCCUGGCAAACAUUAAGUUGUGGAUUCUAACUGGAGAUAAGCAGGAAACGGCUAUGAACAUUGGAUACUCAUGCCACAUGCUCACUGAUGACAUGAACGAUAUAUUUAUAGUGUCUGGUCGCACAGUAACUGAGGUGCGAGAAGAACUAAGGAAAGCAAAGGAGGCCACAUUCGGACAGAGUAGGAGCCUAUUCAAUGGACAUCAGUUCUCUGAGAAAACAAGCAAAACAAAGCUUGAGUCAGUCUAUGAGGAAACUGUAACUGGUGAAUAUGCCUUGGUCAUCAAUGGGCAUAGUUUGGCCCAUGCCCUGGAAGCCGACAUGGAGAAGGAUUUUUUGGAGAUUGCAUGCAUAUGCAAGACUGUGAUCUGUUGCAGAGUGACUCCCCUUCAGAAAGCUCAAGUGGUUGAAUUAGUGAAGAAGUAUAAAAAAGCGGUCACUCUGGCCAUUGGAGAUGGUGCUAAUGAUAUCAGCAUGAUAAAAAGUGCUCACAUUGGUGUUGGCAUCAGCGGACAGGAGGGCAUGCAAGCAGUUUUAGCCAGUGAUUACUCUUUUGCUCAGUUUAGGUACCUACAAAGACUGUUGCUGGUUCAUGGGCGCUGGUCGUACUUUCGAAUGUGCAAAUUUCUUUGCUAUUUCUUCUACAAAAAUUUUGCCUUUACAUUAGUGCAUUUCUGGUUUGGAUUCUUCUGUGGGUUCUCAGCACAGACCGUUUAUGACCAGUGGUUUAUUACACUUUUCAAUAUUGUAUACACAUCACUUCCUGUGUUAGCGAUGGGACUUUUCGAUCAGGAUGUGAAUGAGCAAAACUGUAUGGACUACACUAAAUUGUAUGAACCAGGCCAGCUGAACCUUCUGUUCAACAAGCGGCGCUUUUUUAUUUGUGUGUUACAUGGCAUUUAUACGUCUUUUGCCCUAUUCUUCAUACCUUUUGGAGCAUUUUUUAACACAGCCGGGGAAGAUGGAAAACAUAUAUCAGACUAUCAGUCCUUUGCUGUCACUGUUGCUACAAGUCUAGUAAUAGUUGUCAGUGUCCAGAUUGGUCUGGACACCAGUUAUUGGACAGCUAUUAACCAUUUCUUCAUCUGGGGCAGCCUGGCUGUGUACUUCUCCAUCUUAUUUGCCAUGCAUGGGGAUGGGAUUUUUGAUAUUUUCCCCAGUCAUUUCCCUUUUGUAGGAAAUGCCAGGAAUUCCCUAAGUCAAAAAAGUGUUUGGUUAGUAAUAUUCCUGACCACUGUGAUUUGUGUCAUACCUGUGCUGACCUUCCGCUUCUUGAAGGUGGAUUUACGACCAACACUCAGCGAUAAGGUUCGAUACUUGCAGCAGGCUAAGAAUAAGAGAAAACCAUUGGCGAACCCCAUGCGCAGGGUGCAUAGAACAAGCUCCAGGAGAUCUGGAUAUGCCUUUGCUCAUCAGGAAGGCUACGGUGAACUCAUUACUUCUGGUAAAAACAUGCGGUUAAAUGAGCCUCAAUCUUCAUCAGGCUUAGCAAGAACAAUGCUGAGCAGCACAAGCUGGAUAGAAAAUCUACGAAAGAAGACAGCUGAGAAUUUUAAUAGCUUCAGUAGUGACAAGAUUUCAAAAUUAUAAUUAAUAUGAAACCAUACCUCGGGGUUUUUGCUUUUUUUGUUUUUUUUUUAUUAACUUUAUGUUGUGGCCAUAUUUUUGCACUGUGUUACUCAACACCAAAGGGAGAUGAUGUACAUCUUCUAAAAAUGGAUCAUCCCGAAACAGCAAAGUCCUGUCCCAUCUGUGCAUGGAAAGUCACCUCUUAUAUUAAAAAACACUGUUCAGGAAAAGGACCAUUUGAGAAAUUCCUACACCUUUCCGAACUCCUUACUGUGAUACAGGACAAUAAAUCCGCACUGUAGACUUGUCAUUUUCUGACCUACAACUGUUUAAACAGGUUUCUCAUUGAAUGUCGAGGGCAUUUGCUUUCUGAACUGUUAAAGCCUUUUUCUUUGGAAUGUUUUAGGAUUAUAAUUGUAUAGUUAUGAUAUAGUUUUAGAAGGACCAUUUUAUAGUGUCAAGACCAAUAUUGCACAGUUUCUCCAUCAUAGAGCAUUCUCCAAGAUAGUAACUGCAUAGUAUAUUUUGCUUCCAGAAAAGUUACCGUUAUACUUAAGAAGAAUAUUGACUUGCUGCUACUGUUGAUCACAAGAAUCUUUCCUUCACUGGGAAUUUAUCACUACUCAGAACCGUCAUUAGCUUUCUUGCAAGUUAAAUACUUUAGAGUUGUUUAUUUUUCAUCAAGUCAUUAUCCCAGCUAACUGCAGUACUUGUGGCUUUGACUUAUAAAGUGGUUUCCUAUUAGAAUGCCAUAUAUAACUUUGGUAUGGCCAGUGUCUAAUGUGUGCUACAAAGCAGAUUGCAUUUCUGAGUUCUGUUCCAAGUGGAACCUAUCACAUUUCUUCUAAUACAAGAUGAAUGUUUAUUUUCCAUUUUAGCCUUUUCAGCUUUAUGAAUGUGAAAACAGGUGCCAUGACUAUACAUCAGGUUAUCAGUCACUUGGAAUUAACUAAUUCUUUAUACAACUAUUGUGAUCUAAAUUCUGCUGGAGGUGAAAUAGACCACCAGUCAGCCAAUCCUUGUGCUGGGUAUCUUUAGUCAGAUGCUUUGUUUCACACAUGUCAUUAUCUGUGUGCCUUCACCAAUUAAACCAUUUUCUCAGGGGAUAUUCAUUUAUAUCAUAUCAGCUAUUCUUUUAUUUUAUUUUUUGGUUCUUUUUCACCGUGAAUUAAAGUCUUUCCAAUAAUUAAGUUUUAUGAGAUGUUAAUAAAACUAGUCAUAAAAGUCAGUUUAAUGGAGCUUCAUUAGUUGGCACAUCCAUCAGUUUCGAGAAUAUGCAGCUCACAGUAUUGGCAAAGACAUAGCUGUACAUGGUUAUUUCCCUUAUAAUAAAAUACAUAGGAAUUAAGGGAGGCUCUCGCUCCACGAUUGGGAUACAAUAUUUUGGUAGAUCUGAUGUCCUAAAAAUUAAUUAUGGGAAAGUAUAUUUUAAAAAAUGGACUAUGUCUUAGGAUGUUCGCUAAUACAUUAGAAAGGUAAAUGGUUUUGUCCAUGACGAGGCUCUGUUAAGGAAUGCUGUUUGCUAUAAGGCUCUUUAUAUCUCAGUUCCAACCCAAUUUCCAAAUUCAAUAAUUGUUAAAAACGUCCAGCAUCUUUUGUGGUAGCACUGGAAUGCCAUUUUCUAUGUGUCCUAACCACUAAAAAUAAAUGGAACGUAUAAAUUCAGAAGCUGGCUGUCAGAGGGCACCCAGACACAAUAAACAACCUUAUGCAUUUACGUCAAGAAACUUCUAAACUGAGCGAGGAAAAUAGUAACUAGAAUUGGAAAAAGCGACCUCACUGUUUUCUGUUCCCUUGUUAACUUUUGUGAUUUUUUUUUUUUGUUUGUUUUUAUGGGGCAUUCUUUGAACUGUGCUGCAGUACAUGGUUUUUCCAAAACAUAUCAGUAAUGCACAGCAGUCUAUAUAGUAUGUACUUGUUCACACCUCAAAUUCAACAGUGAAGGAGAUGCAUCAAAACGGGUGCAACGGAAAACCAGGGUAGUGACCUAUGGUAACCAAUCAAUUUCCACUUCUCAUUGGAAAAUGAAUCAGUGAUCUGAUUGGUUGUUAUUGUCAAGUAGUCCAUUUUUCCUUUGCCCUAGUUUUUAUACCUGUCCCCUAAUGCUUUCUCUUUUGUCUGCAUUGACAGGAUUGAUUUUACCUUUAACCCACUGUAUGUUUUUCACAAUGAUGACCAGAUACAUGUGUACAUUGAAUGCUAGAAAGUGCUAGUUUACCAACUAUACACGUUUCUUGUAUGAUGGGGCAGCAUCUUUGUACUGUAUUAUAUGAAUCCCAGCACAGUCUGCUAGGGUUGAAGUGAAGGACAAAAUUUUCUCCAAAAACACUGUGCCUUUCACUCACUUUUGUAUUGUGAGGCUUUAUGAUAUAGCAUCACAAAGCACUACUCCAGAGAUGAUGGCAGGUGCCAACAUACGAUGGGUGAAAAGCUUCCAACCUGCCCCUAAGACCAAGCACUACAUAAAGAUUGAGACAGAGUUUUGGCUUUGCUAAUGCCAUAUUUUACUUUGACUGAGUUGACCAGCUUCCUUAUUUUCCAAAAAUGUGCACCUUCCACUUAAUCGGCUCUAAAUAUUGCAUUCUAAUUAACUGAUCAGUUAGAGUAGAGGAAACAGUUUGUGCCGUGAUCCGACUUAUAACCAAGAUCUCUAGGUUUUGGAGACCUUGCCAACGUGACAUGGCGAACUUUAGGGAUGUUCUUAGAUGAAGCCAUUACGUUAGAAUAUCUGUCAUGUACAGCGUAGUACCACUGCUACGUUAUUUUUGCAGGACUAAUCGUAUAAAUGCCUUGUGUAAGGUGUCAGAAAAAUCAGACAAUGGCUCUCUGGCUGCAGACACAAUGUUAUGGCAAAUUAUCUGUUUAGCCUUGAAAUUGUAAUCUGUUUAUUUGCUUCUUCUUAUUGUGUUUUCACAUUAGGCUACUUUCACAUUAGCGUUUUUUGUGGAUCCGUCAUGAACGGAUCUGGUUGUAUUAUGUCUUCUAUAGCCAUGACUGAUCCGUCAUGAACACCAUUGAAAGUCA